AUGGGCCCCGCAGGGCCUCCAGGACCGCCCGGUCCGCGCGAAUUUACAGGCACCGGCUCGAUCGGAGAUCCUGGCCCGCCCGGUCCACCCGGAAGGCCCGGUAAUAAUGCUGACUAUCUGACGGCACCCAAGGGCUCGUAUGUUGGCCCAAAGGGAAAUAUCGGCGAGAAGGGAGAAAAGGGAGACCCAGGAAAUCUUGGCGACCGUGGAUUCCCGGGACAACCCGGAAAUCCCGGUAUCCCCGGAAUGCCCGGAAUGAAGGGAGAAAAAGGACUGCCCGGACCUGCUGGCCCCAGGGGCAAAGAAGGCAGACCCGGAAAUUCCGGACCGCCCGGCUUCAAGGGCGACCGUGGUCUCGACGGACUGCCUGGACUUCCUGGAUUACCCGGAAUGAAGGGUGAAGCUGGCUACCCAGGACGAGAUGGACCCAAGGGAAUGUCCGGACCACAAGGACCACCUGGAGGCGGCGAAGUCUCGGACGGGCCCCCGGGUCCACCUGGUCUUCCCGGCCGAACCGGCCAACCCGGCCCACCCGGAAAUGAUGGCUUCCCAGGAGCCCCAGGCCCACAGGGUCCCCCUGGACCGGACGGCCGCCCGGGUAUUGAUGGCGCGUCGGGCCGCAAGGGAGAACAAGGUCUUCCUGGAGUUCGAGGACCACCUGGAGACUCGUUGAAUGGACUGCCGGGUGCCCCCGGACCCCGUGGACCGCCCGGUCCUAAGGGCUACGACGGACGCGACGGAAUUCCCGGACUUCCUGGUGUACCCGGAACCAAGGGAGAUCGCGGUGGCUCGUGCUCAGCCUGUGCACCCGGUGCGAAGGGAGAGAAGGGACAGCCCGGAUACCCGGGCCAAACUGGACCACAAGGAGAGCGUGGAUACCCCGGAGCCAAUGGACCACCUGGAGAUCAAGGAGACGACGGAUUACCGGGAGCCCCUGGACGUCCUGGAGGCCCCGGAUCACCCGGAAUGGAUGGACUACCCGGGUUACCGGGACCCAAAGGAGAGCCGGCCACGCUGUCGCUUCGCCCCGGCCCACCUGGAUACCCCGGAGCGAAGGGUGAAGCCGGAUUCCCCGGGCUCCCUGGGGCAGAUGGAACCUCGGGCCCACAAGGACCUCCCGGCAACGCAGGAUACCCAGGAGCACCGGGAGCUAAAGGAGAAUCUGGCCUCAGCGGACGCCCUGGAUUGCCCGGAAAAGAUGGACUUCCCGGCUUACCUGGUCAGAAGGGUGAAGCUGGAUAUGGACAGCCUGGGCUUCCUGGACUUUCCGGCGAGAAAGGAGACCGUGGUGUUCCCGGACUUGAUGGACAGCCAGGAUUGCCUGGAGAACCCGGACGACCAGCACCGCAACAACUACAGAAAGAGGGCGCUCCUGGCCUGCCAGGCCAUCCCGGCCUCCCAGGACUUAAGGGCCUGAAGGGAGAAGCUGGACCGCAGGGCCCAUCUGGAUACCCGGGUUCCCCCGGCUCACCUGGAUACCCCGGCGUCAAGGGACUUCCUGGAAUCCCUGGAGUCCCAGGCCAAAAAGGUGACUCUGGCACACCCGGAUACCCUGGAGCUCCUGGGCUGAAGGGCAACACUGGAGAGAAUGGGCUUCCUGGACUUCCAGGAGCAAAGGGUAACUCGGGACUCCCCGGCCAGCCCGGACGCGACGGAAUGCCCGGCGUGCCCGGCAUCAAAGGCGACCGCGGUUUCAACGGAUUGCCUGGUCUGAAGGGAGAACCCGGAUUGGCUGCUCGAGAUGGACAGAAGGGAGAUGCCGGCCUACCAGGACAACCCGGUCUGCGCGGAACACCCGGCAAUCCUGGACUCCCCGGAAUUCCGGGCCCGAAAGGAGAAGCCGGACCCGCUGGAUAUGGACAACCCGGACACCCUGGAGAAAAGGGAUUGGCUGGUAUUCCUGGCAAAGCCGGGCGACCCGGAGCCCCCGGUGCCCCCGGACAAGAUGGGCUCCCCGGCUUCCCUGGAUUGAAGGGUGAAGCGGGCUAUCCUGGAGCACCCGGACUGCCCGGCAACGAUGGCGUCCCCGGUCUGCCGGGACUAAAGGGCGAAUCGGGACCAUCUGGACUUCCUGGUGUCCCCGGUGAACCAGGACAAUCUGGACCCAUGGGACCGCCUGGCAUUCGCGGCGAAAAGGGAGAAUCUGGCCUUCCUGGCCUUCCCGGUGACGCUGGCCUUGAUGGUGUGCCCGGAAUGAAGGGCGAUGCUGGAUAUCCGGGACAACCGGGCCUGCCUGGUGGUUCUGGCGAGAAGGGCAAUUCUGGAGCUCCUGGAUUCCCAGGGUUGAAGGGUUUGGCCGGACAGCCAGGUCUACCUGGACUACCUGGAAUGGUUGGCCAGAAGGGAGAACUUGGAACUCCUGGACUGCCUGGACAUGACGGCGGACCCGGUUAUCCUGGAGAAAAGGGAGAUGCCGGCUUGCCUGGUCAACCCGGUCUGCCUGGACAAGGCUUCCCCGGUUUGCCCGGUCAGCCCGGCCAGCCGGGAAUUAACGGACACGAUGGUCUACCUGGUCUUCCUGGCAUGAAAGGAGAUAGCGGACAACCCGGAUAUCCUGGAGCACCAGGAGCGAAGGGAGAUUCCGGACUUCCCGGCUUCCCCGGACAAAAGGGCGAAUCCGGUCUUCCUGGCGUGCCUGGCAAACGUGGCGAAGAUGGCUUACCUGGUCUGCCUGGACGCGAAGGCCUUCCCGGUGUACCUGGAAUUAAGGGUGAACGUGGACCGGCUGGCCCCUCGGGUCAACCUGGCUAUCCUGGAAUCCCCGGCCUAAAGGGCGAGAGCGGACUGCCAGGCUUCCCAGGCGCAAAGGGUGACUCUGGCCUCCCGGGAGCACCAGGAUUCCCCGGAGCCCCAGCCCGGAUUGCCCGGCCCCCCGGACCCGAGCCGUUGGUGCAACCUGGAGAGAAGGGAGAUGCAGGACGUCCUGGUCUACCAGGUAUUCGCGGCGAAAAAGGCCUACCGGGACUAGAUGGACCACCGGGGCCGGCGGGACCUCCUGGUCUUCCUGGUACACGCGGUAAUGACGGAUACCCCGGCGUGCCCGGAAACCUCGGUGAAAAGGGAAUGGCCGGUCUGCCUGGGUUCCCGGGUCUGGAUGGACCACCAGGAGGACCAGGCCAGCCCGGUUUGCCAGGUGCCCCGGGGGCCCCUGGGCCAAGCUACAAGGACGGUUUCCUGCUUGUCAAGCACUCUCAAACCAAGGACAUCCCGACUUGCCCGGAGGGUCAAACGAAACUUUGGGACGGCUACUCCUUGCUUUACAUCGAGGGCAACGAAAAGUCGCACAACCAAGAUCUUGGCCACGCCGGUUCUUGCCUGAGGCGCUUCUCCACCAUGCCAUUCCUGUUCUGCGACUUCAACAACGUGUGCAACUACGCGUCUCGCAACGAUAAGAGCUACUGGUUGUCGACGACGGCCGCGAUCCCGAUGAUGCCGGUGGCCGAGCAGGAAAUUGAACCCUUCAUCUCGCGCUGUUCCGUGUGCGAAGCGCCAGCCAACGUUAUCGCCGUGCACUCGCAGACCAUCCAGAUUCCCAACUGCCCGAACGGGUGGCGCUCAUUGUGGAUUGGCUACUCAUUUGCCAUGCACACUGGAGCCGGAGCGGAAGGCGGCGGCCAGUCACUCAGCUCACCGGGAUCUUGCCUCGAAGACUUCCGCGCCACUCCCUUCAUCGAGUGCAAUGGCGCCCGCGGUUCUUGCCAUUACUUCGCCAACAAAUUUUCGUUCUGGCUGACAACAAUUGAAAACGACCAGGAGUUCCGGACGCCCGAAUCGCAGACCUUGAAGGCGGGGUCUCUGAGAACACGUGUCUCGCGCUGCCAGGUUUGCAUCAAGUCACCGGACAGCCGGUAC